AUGGGUUCAAGUAAACCAAUGAAAGCUAAAACAAGCGAGAAGGGAUAUGACUAAUAGAAAUCUAAAUUGCCGAAUUUUGACUUUCAUGACAAAAAAUUGGGAUGUGUAAUGAGGGAUAUUCAUUACCAUAUUUAAAAUUGGGAGAAUUACAAAGCUGAAAGUCGAGAAAUUCAAAAAUUUUAUGAGGACUUAGAAUACGACCAUUCAUUUAUUUAGUGGAUUUUUCCAAAUUUCUUCAAUAGCAUGUUUAAUUCUGAUAGUUAUAGAUUAACAAAGGAGGAGAGAGAUUUAAUGAUUUCAAACUAAGAUGUUAUGAAAUUCUAUGUGAAAAACUACAAAAUGUUUUUAAGGUUUUUGGGAAUUAAAUGGGGCAACAAAGAAUUAGAAUUAGAGAACGAGAAACAAUUUUAUAAAUGUCUUCGAAUUAAUACACAUAACUAGUUAAGAUUAAAGAGAGUCUUUGCUUCUUUGAGCGUAUUAGGGUAAAGGGAGGAAGCUUUAAAAUUGUUGAAAUUAGUGUAUGAAAAAGACAAUCAGCUUUACGGCACUUAAUACUAUCUUUAUGAUCAUUUAAAGGAUGAAAAAAAUAAUGAUCGAUAAGAUGAUAUAGAAUAAGAAACAUAAUUUGGAAAUUAAUAAAUAGAAUCAACACAACUUCAAAAGGCCACUCAAAAAAUGAUGAAAUCUGAUUAACAGAAAGAGGAUUAAUCAUAAAUAAAGAAAGAAAUAAAAAAUCCUGAAAAUUAAGAAUAGAAAAUAGAAGUAGAUGAGGAUAAAAACGAAAAUCCUGAAACCAAUUUAAAUGAUUCAAGUUAAAUAUAAUAGAUAGAAGCAGUAUAAGCAGAACCUGAGCAGAAUUCAAAAUUAACAUAGAGUAAGUUUUCAAAUAAACAAGAGGAAUUUCCUGAGCAGAAAAUCGAAUAAUAAUAAAUAAAUAAAGAAAUUGAUAAUACUGAAAAAUAAUAAUAGAAUAUAGAAGAAAAAUAGGAUGAUAUCGAUCGUAUUUCAAAUAAUCAAAAUUAAAACUAACAACCAAAUGCGUAGGAAAAUGUCGUUGUAAAAAACGAUAAUGAAUUAAAAAAUUAAGAACAAAUUCCUAUUUCAUAACAACAUUAGGAGAAAAUUGAUUCAAAGAAGAUUGAAAUAAAUCAUAAAGAGAAAGAUGAUGACUUUUAAGAAUUUCAUUUGGUAGAGAACCCAUAAAAUAUGAAUUCUCAAUCCAAAACAGAUUCNUUUUUAAGAUAUUCUACAUGCUAGCAAAAUAUUUUAAUUAGUUUUGACUAAGAGAUCUUUAAUGGUAGAGAUUCUAAUUUCUAUUAAGAAUUAUUAUUAUUAAUUGUUUAUGUAGAAAUAAAUGGGUUCAAGUAAACCAAUGAAAGCUAAAACAAGCGAGAAGGGAUAUGACUAAUAGAAAUCUAAAUUGCCGAAUUUUGACUUUCAUGACAAAAAAUUGGGAUGUGUAAUGAGGGAUAUUCAUUACCAUAUUUAAAAUUGGGAGAAUUACAAAGCUGAAAGUCGAGAAAUUCAAAAAUUUUAUGAGGACUUAGAAUACGACCAUUCAUUUAUUUAGUGGAUUUUUCCAAAUUUCUUCAAUAGCAUGUUUAAUUCUGAUAGUUAUAGAUUAACAAAGGAGGAGAGAGAUUUAAUGAUUUCAAACUAAGAUGUUAUGAAAUUCUAUGUGAAAAACUACAAAAUGUUUUUAAGGUUUUUGGGAAUUAAAUGGGGCAACAAAGAAUUAGAAUUAGAGAACGAGAAACAAUUUUAUAAAUGUCUUCGAAUUAAUACACAUAACUAGUUAAGAUUAAAGAGAGUCUUUGCUUCUUUGAGCGUAUUAGGGUAAAGGGAGGAAGCUUUAAAAUUGUUGAAAUUAGUGUAUGAAAAAGACAAUCAGCUUUACGGCACUUAAUACUAUCUUUAUGAUCAUUUAAAGGAUGAAAAAAAUAAUGAUCGAUAAGAUGAUAUAGAAUAAGAAACAUAAUUUGGAAAUUAAUAAAUAGAAUCAACACAACUUCAAAAGGCCACUCAAAAAAUGAUGAAAUCUGAUUAACAGAAAGAGGAUUAAUCAUAAAUAAAGAAAGAAAUAAAAAAUCCUGAAAAUUAAGAAUAGAAAAUAGAAGUAGAUGAGGAUAAAAACGAAAAUCCUGAAACCAAUUUAAAUGAUUCAAGUUAAAUAUAAUAGAUAGAAGCAGUAUAAGCAGAACCUGAGCAGAAUUCAAAAUUAACAUAGAGUAAGUUUUCAAAUAAACAAGAGGAAUUUCCUGAGCAGAAAAUCGAAUAAUAAUAAAUAAAUAAAGAAAUUGAUAAUACUGAAAAAUAAUAAUAGAAUAUAGAAGAAAAAUAGGAUGAUAUCGAUCGUAUUUCAAAUAAUCAAAAUUAAAACUAACAACCAAAUGCGUAGGAAAAUGUCGUUGUAAAAAACGAUAAUGAAUUAAAAAAUUAAGAACAAAUUCCUAUUUCAUAACAACAUUAGGAGAAAAUUGAUUCAAAGAAGAUUGAAAUAAAUCAUAAAGAGAAAGAUGAUGACUUUUAAGAAUUUCAUUUGGUAGAGAACCCAUAAAAUAUGAAUUCUCAAUCCAAAACAGAUUCUAAUAUCACAACACAAAAAUAAGGAUAUGAAAAUAAAUCGAGUUCUAAUACUUAAUUUUAAAGUAAUAGUUGGAAUGAUAACAAACCAUAAAAAUAACCCAAAGGAAAAUAUGAAAAAUAUGAAGAUAAAAAAUAUUUUAAUGAUGUUAAAAGUAACUAUGUUUAAGGAGAUUUAUUGAAUUAAAGUUGGGUGAAAGUAGAUUUACUCUAAGGCCCAUAAAAAUGAUGAACAUUAUUAAAUAUCGUAUUUCAUAAAAUGAAUUAUUAUAUCAG